AUGUCUCAUUUUGUUUUAUAUUAUUUAUUUUUCAAAACAACAGAACAAAUUCUUUCUGUAAUUCUAUUCGACCUAUAUCUGCUUUCUAGGGUUCCUCUUUCUCUCUCUGAUCCAAAUCGAACCCAUCUUAUAUGUGCUAAAUUCCCAGCACAGAUCUUCUCUUCCUCAUUCCUCUCAUUCGAUUAACCGUUUUUGCUUAAACAUUCAGAAAAAAUCUUAAACUCUUUCAAGAUUCAUUAUUUCUAACAUUGGUUCUUUUUUCGCUUCGAAUCUCUGAUCCUUUAGCGUUUUUAUGGUUGAUAUGGAUGGAUUUGGUGGUGGGGGUGAUAUUGAUGGAGGUUCUAACACUCGGGAUCUUAGGCAAUUGGGGGAUGUAAUUCCCACAGGGGGUACUGUUUUUGAUGCAUCACAAUAUGCAUUCUUUGGUAAAGAUGCAGUCCAGGAAGUUGAGUUGGGAGGGUUAGAAGACGAUGCCUAUUUGCCUACUGUUGAAUCUAACGAGGAGGAGUUCUUUCUCAAUAGAGAACAGGAUGAGGAUGUAAGAUCUCUUUCUGAUAUUGAUGACCUUACAACCACCUUUUGGAAGUUGAACAAGGUCGUCAGCGGACCAAGAAACCCAGGUGUUAUUGGAGAACGGGGAUCAAGAGAAAACUCUGCAUCUGAUUUUCCACAAAGAGACGAAGUACAUAACUGGUUUGAUCAGAAUGCUUAUGAUAGUGAAGGCUCAAUUGAUGGAAAAAGAUGGUCAUCACAGCCCCAAUCUUCUCUUGCCCAUUUACAGAAUCCAAAGCCCUUGUACAGAACAUCUUCAUAUCCUGAGCAGCAAAGGCAAGAUCAAAACUACCACCUCCAACAUUGCUCUAGUGAGCCAGUUCAUAACUGGCUUGAUCAGCACAUUUAUGAUACUGAAACAACUUAUGAUGGCAAACGAUGGUCAUCUCAGCCUCAUUCCGGCAUUCCACAGUUACAAGAAUCACCUUUGUACAGAACAUCUUCAUAUCCCGACAAACAACAGGAGCUUACUCGUUUUUCUAGUGAGCCGAUAUUGCUACCGAAGUCUUCAUUCACUUCUUAUCCUCCACCUGGUGGUCGAUCUCCGCAAGCUUCUCCAAGUCAUAGUACAGGCCACUUAAACAUUCCUUAUCACACCGGAGCUGCAGCUCAGAUGGCACUAUCGUCUCAGAACCGUUCACAUUUCUCCAAUUCUGCACUACAAUUGAGUGGUUUAAACCUUGGGUCACAUUUUGGUGGAAACAUGCGUCAAUUUUCUACCGGUUCCUCUCUUACUCAACGAAUACAGAACCAAUUGGUCAACCAAGCAGCGUUAUAUCCAGGAGAACGUUCCAACCUACUUAGUAAUAUGUUGCAGCAACAACUAAACCUUCAUAAUGGAUCAGUUUCUCCUCACUUGAUGGCUCAAUUGCAACAGCAGCAGCAUAGAUUGCAUCAUCCUGUUCAGCAAUCUGCAGGCUAUUUGUCAGGCUUCCAGUCCCAUUUAUAUAAUCCCCAUCUUUCCUCCUCUGGCUCAUCAGUCAAUAGCAAGUAUGAUCAUAGGCCGAAAUCAAGUCAAAAAGGUAAGCAUAGUCACCGUUUAUCCCAUCAGGGUUCUGAUGCCAGUAGCCAGAAGAGUGAUAGCAGCUCAUUACAGUUUCGGUCUAAGUAUAUGACAAGUGAUGAAAUUGAGAGUAUUCUUAGAAUGCAGCUUGCUGUGACUCAUAGUAAUGAUCCAUACAUAGAUGACUAUUAUCACCAAGGCCGUCUUGCGAAAAAACCUUCUGUCUCUAAGUUAAAACAUCCGUUCUGCCCAACCCAAAUAAAGGAACUUCCUUCACGAACUCGUUCUAAUUCUGAUCCACAUGCAUUUCUUCAAGUUGAUACUCUAGGGAGGGUUUCAUUUUCGUCUAUUCGUCGGCCUCGCCCUCUUCUUGAGGUCGAUCCUCCAAAAUCUUCUGUCCCUGGUAGCUCUGAGCUUAAGAUUUCAGAGAAGCCACUUGAACGGGAGCCUACAUUUGCUGCCAGAGUCACAAUUGAAGACGGUCUCUGUCUUCUUCUUGAUGUAGAUGAUAUUGAUCGUUUCCUACAGUCUAAUCAGCCACAAGAUGGCGGAACCCAAUUAAGACGAAGAAGGCAGGUCCUGUUAGAAGGAUUAGCUACUUCACUUCAACUGGUUGACCCACUCGGAAAGAAUGGGCACAAGGUUGGACUUGCAGCUAAGGAUGACCUUGUUUUCUUACGGAUUGUAUCUCUCCCCAAGGGACGCAAGCUCCUCGCGAAGUAUCUUCAGUUGCUUCUUCCUGGCAGUGAGCUUAUGCGGAUAGUAUGCAUGACCGUCUUUCGGCAUUUAAGAUUCUUAUUUGGUGGUCUCCCCUCGGAUCCAGCCGCUGCAGAGACUACAAGCAGCCUUGCCAAGGUUGUUUGCCAAUGCAUUCGAGGUAUGGACCUCGGUGCUCUUAGUGCCUGUCUUGCUGCAGUUGUUUGUUCUGCAGAGCAUCCUCCUCUACGCCCUGUUGGAAGCACUGCUGGAGAUGGUGCUUCCCUUAUUUUGGUAUCUGUUCUCGAGAGGGCUGCCGAACUUCUAACCGAUCCACAUGCAGCUUGCAACUAUAAUAUGGGUAAUCGGUCAUUUUGGCAGGCCUCGUUUGAUGAAUUCUUUGGCCUUCUUACUAAAUAUUGCAUGAAUAAAUACCAUAGUAUCAUGCAGUCCCUGCUUAUACAAAGCACAACAAAUGUAGAUGACAUUGGACCAGAUGCUGCUAAUGCUAUUAGUAAGGAAAUGCCUGUUGAACUCUUGCGUGCAAGUCUCCCUCACACUGAUGACCGUCAAAGGAAGUUAUUGCUUGAUUUUGCUCAGCGCUCUGUUCCUGUCGUUGGAUUUAACAGUAAUGCCGGGGGCAGUGGUGGUCUUGUGAAUUCAGAGACAGUACUAAGUUGAAAGAUAACUGCAAGAGAAUCACUCCUACUGAUAAUGGUUUUUUGGGUUGAAAAGUCACGUCAAAUGUCGUAAGGACAACCCUGCAUCUGUUCAAAUACAUUAAGUGCUCAAGUACUUCUGGAGCAAUCUUAAAUGGAAGUGUGAGUUGUUUCUAUAUGAUGAUGGAUGAAGGCUUCUUCCUCAUCCAUAAUUAUCUACUAGUUGUCAUGAUGCAGAAAAAGAUGUGCAGCAUUGUGAAACAAAUUUGCAAUCAGGCCCUUAAUUAUAUGAUGCACUUGGCUUGAUUUGUUCCUCUUGUCUUUUAUUUUUCUCUUGACAAGGGAGCUUAUUUUGUUACUAUGUGUGGCUGGUAGGAACACAGUAGUUAGUAUGUACAGGUUUUUAGGCAAUAUAUGGCUCCCCUUUCUUAUUAUUAUAUAUAGAAGGGUGAAGGGUGGGUUGCACUCGCAUAGUAUCUGUGAAAGAACUGUUCUGUCGGAAAAAUAGUAUGGGCUAUUGGGGAUAUGUGCAAACUUUGCUGAGAAACAAGUUGACAAUUUAGCAUGCUGAAUGAAACUCAAAGGAAUACUUUAGUGAAGAAUAAGUUGUAUUGAACCUGCUGCAUAAUUUUAUCUUUUUUUUUGUUAACACGUUUUAGAAUUUUGUCAAUUUGUAUAUAUGUUUCUUAUGUAUUCCCUAAACUUGUGAGGAUAUUCACUUUACUGUUUUUUAUAUGAGUUUAGCAUGCUUUACCUUUGGAUUU